ACUCAAUCAUGUCGAAGACGAAUGGUCCGAAUCGACACGGAUAAUUGGUUGUAAUUAAUUCGUAGAUAGAGCAUUGAAUGAUCACGAGUAAAUUUCUUCAUAGAGAUUCACUUGUGAAUGAUUUCUUACUUUUUGAUUUAUUUAUUAGAUCAGGAUAGGGUCUUUUUAUUCAAAUGCAUUUAUGAUUAUUUCAAAUAUGAAAUAUUUUAGUACAUUUUAAAAUAUUUUUCUCGCGAGAAUAUAUUAAAGAAUCAUUAUUCAUGAGUAUUAUUAAAGAAUGAAAAGGAAAUCAUUCGCAAUGGAUCAAUCUUUGGAUUACAAACGAUAUUGUGCAUGAUUUGUUUAUAAUAAUUAAAACAAUCGUUUAUAAAAAGGAACAUCUAAGGGCUUGCUUUAUAUUUUUAAAUAACAAUGAAUUAAGUAUUUAAUUAAUUUGAAUUGAUAAAAGAAAAAUCUUGAUAGAGUUAUUACUUUUGAAAGAGAAAAAUCGAGUAGAAUGAUUGUUAAAAAAUAAAGAGACUUAUGUAGAGUCAUAAUCCAUAGUCCUAAAUAAUAAAUUAAUUAAUUUUUAGCUCAGGAUUUUUAGCAAUUAAUAAAUAUAGUAAUUCUAAUUUCUCCUACACUGCAAAAAAUUAUCUUUCGAAAAGAUAAUAAUAAGUUUCUAUCCAAAAAAAUAAAGUUUAUACUUUUCAGAUACGUUAAAAUUGUAUUAGGGUUUUCUUUUAUAUCUUAGAAUUUGGAAUUUGGAAUUAUAACAAAUUAUAAUUUUGUCGUUACAGUUUUUGAGUGAUAAUCUAUUAGGUUAGGAUACGAAGCAAAGAAGAGACUAUGCCGAAGAGGUCUUCAUAAAUUAUGGCACAAGAGAGCAACUAUAGGCUAUUAAAUAUUUUCGAAGAUUCAUCAGAAACUUUCGAGAAUAGCUCUUAGUCCUAUUUUAAUUUUAUCAUGGAAUGGCAUCGCGUAAUGUGGAUUUUAGAGUAGAGUAGAAUCACUAUCAGUCCGUAUAUUUGCAGAUGCAAUAAUCUCUUUGUGGUGAAACCUGAGUUGGUAGUACCUGCGAUGUAUUGAAAUUUUAUAGGAUUUAAGUACUACCAAGCGAAUAAAGAAAAAGGAAAAUUAUUUGAUGGAUUUGAUGAUGGUAUCAAGAUAUUACAACGCAAAGCUACGACAAAAGGAUUAUCGAAUGAGGAUAUUGAUCGAUUGAUAGAUAUUAUUACACAUGUUAAUUUUGGUGCUGUAAAAAACAUUUUGCUAAUAAAAUGUCUAGUACCAAUAUAUAAAAUAUCAAAUGAAGCACUUAAGCUUAUGAUAACAUGGUGUUUGUCAUCCUUGGAUGAUCUAAAAAUCACAGUGGCAAUUAUAAUUAUGCAAUGGAUCGUUGGAUUGUGGGAAUAUGGUCUCGCCGAUAGGAAAAUUAUUAGUAUGUACUAUGAUGUAUUUUUCCAUUGGAUGCUGAGAAAAGAAAGAUUGGAGAAGCAUAUAGCACAAGUGAUAUAUAUAUUAACAAAACCAGAAGAUGUAACACGUCGAAAUAUUUCUAGAAUAUUAUUUCUUCAUAAGAAGCAUUCCAAUCGACAAAAGCAUACUAUUGCCCUACUUUCCUUAUUUAAAACUUAUAAGCCUGAAUUAGUGCCAGAAAGAAUUGAAACUAUGAAUAUAGAAAGUGUUUGGAAACCCAUACCAGAAGUAUUACGAAUAGCAUUAAAAGAUGCUAAAGAUCGUUCAGAAAUGCAACAGAGCCUUAAUAAAAUACAAGAACAUUUUAAUUGGAAUAUCUCAAAAUUUUCUAAAAGAAGGGAAAAAUUACUUUUACCAUCCGUUGGAUAUUUUCAUAUUGGUUCGAGUAUCUUUAAAGAAAAAGAUGUCAAAUCUAUUUUUGAUGUAUAUAACAUUAAUGAAUUAGGACAGCAUUAUUCGAGUAUUGAACUACCUUGUAAUGCAAUAUCUUUAUUAGUUAAUAUGGCUGGUUACCAUCUUCUCACAUAUGCUAAUUUUCAUUUUCAAAGUAGAUUUUCUUACAACCUUUAUAAUACACUUAGAAGAGCAUUUAUAUUAGAAAGAGGUAAAUUUUCUGAAACAGAAAUGGAAAAACUACUCGAUAUGACCGUCGAAUUUUGUAAAUAUAUGCAACAAGGUAUACUUGUUGUAAAUCUUUUCAUUGAUGAGUACUUGUAUCUAAACAGCAGAGAACAUGAUACUAAAAUAUUAGAAUUAUUACAAUGGAUGACCUUCGUAUCUGUAACAGAAGUACAGCAAACGAUAUUACCACAUAUAAAAAAUAUGUUUUAUGAAUCAUCAAUUGCCCUCAAAUGCAAAAUUAUAGAAACUUGUAGAAUUCUUAUCACCAAUAUAUUUGUUAAUCAAGGAUUUGAUGAAUGUUGUCAAAAAGUACCAGCACCAUUUUUAGGACAAGCACCAAAGGAUAAAAUAACUGACGUUAUUUCUAUUCUUAUAAAGAUCUCAAAAGAUCUUAUCAUAACUGGUUUAAAUGCUCACUCAUAUAAUAUAUUACUUCUAUCUGAAAGUCUGACAUUUUAUGAAGUGGUAUGUUUUGAAUUAAAUAAUAUUUUCUUUUUCUGUUUUCUUCUUUUGUUUAAAAAUUAUCAUAAUUAUAACUAUUUUUUUUAUGAUCAGCUUUUUGAAUUGGAAUCUCAUAGUAAUAUAUCAUCAUGGACUAUAGCUCCUGCUCCUGUAAUUUAUGCAGCAUUUGCAACUAAAAAUUGUGCGCUUGUUAAUAGAAUUUGUGCAUUAAUAUUAAGAUAUUUGGAAAUGGCUGCAGUUCUAAAAAAACAAGAUAUAAACGAUUUUAACAGUAACAUUGAGACAAUAUCUAUUUAUAUUACAGAUAUAGCAGGAGCUUUUUGGUAUAAUAAGGCUUUUAGCAAUGAAAAUGAUUAUUUUUUUAAAUCGCCUGCUUUAGAAGAAUUUGGGAAUUGUAAUUUUAAUCUUCAGUUAAAUAUUAAUAAUCAUUAUGCCACCCUGCCUUAUAAACAUGUAAUUACCAAGGAGUUUCUUAAAGGUGUCAAAAUAACAACUAAGGAGGUAAAAAUAAUUUCUUCUUUCUUUUUUAUUCUAAUUUCUUACAGAAAAAUUUCUAUCAUAAUAUUAAAUAUCUUUCCUAGGAUGCUAUUAAUGUUGCUGAACAGUACUAUCCUGCAGUCAGAGAAUUUUUAAAACAAGUAAUACCAGAAUUACAAGAAUAAGAACAAAUGAUUGAAUAUUAUUUAAGAAAAAUUUAUAUCUAAAUUUGAAACAUGUAAUUAUAAAAAAUUAAAAAAUUUUACUUAAUUGUUUAAAAAAAUUGACAAAAUUCUCAUAUGUAUAUAUAUAUAUUGGGUCAUUCGGAAAGUUCAUUCCGAUUUUCGAUAGGUAGCAUAAGGACAGGUCUAAAUAUAUCAGAAUGAUUGAAAACAAAUGAUAUGCGUACAUAUUCUAAAAGAUGGUACUUCAAAGAUAUUUGGAAAAAAUUUUAGUUACGAUACGUUAAUUUUUGUUAGUUCUAUAUGCCUUUAAAUGUGUGCAUAAAAAGAGCGUAAGUGUAUUAUAAGCAUUUAAUGCUUUUCUUUUAUCAGAAAAGCAAAAAUACCACACAAGUAGCAAAUAAGAUAUGCGCUGUUUAUGGCGAAGGUGCUGUAUUUGAAAGAACUGUGCAGUAGUGGUUUGCUAGGUUUAAAGCUGAUGAUUUCAACCUUAAAGAUCAAGAACGUCCGAGUAGACCCUCCACUAUAGAUAAAGAUAAAAUUAAAACACUGAUUUAUAAUAAUGUUGAAUAAAAAAAAUCUUGGAAAAAGCA